UGUUCGUCAGUGCCUGAAUAAACUUGAGCAGGAUCGAAACAGAAGAAAACAAGAACAUUAUAUAAACAAUGGCGGAGAUGGCGGUCGGAGGCGGCGACGCACCACCGAACAACACCAUUUACAUCAAUAAUCUAAACGAAAAAACCAAAAUCGACGAAUUAAAGAAAUCACUGCAAGCUGUGUUUUCACAAUUUGGGAAGAUAUUGGAGAUAUUAGCAUUUAAAACCCUAAAACACAAAGGACAAGCAUGGGUUGUUUUCGAGGAUGUUUCGUCCGCGACUACUGCUUUGAAACAAAUGCAGGGUUUUCCAUUCUACGAUAAAGCGAUGAGAAUACAAUAUGCCAAAACAAAAUCAGAUGUCAUAGCAAAAGCCGAUGGCACUUUUGUACCCCGAGAAAGGCGAAAGAGGCAUGAUGAAAAAGGGAAGAAGCGGAAGGGUCAACAUGAUGCAAAUCAAGCAGCAAUUGGUGUUAAUCCUGCUUAUGCGGGUGCAUAUGGUGCUCCUCCUCCGCUAUCACAAAUACCAUAUGUUGGUGGUGCUAAGUCUGGGAUGCCUGAGGCACCAGCCCCACCAAACAGCAUUUUGUUCAUCCAAAAUCUUCCUCAUCAAACUACACCGAUGAUGCUGCAAAUGCUGUUCGGCCAACACCAAGGCUUCAAGGAAGUAAGAAUGGUGGAAGCUAAGCCAGGCAUUGCUUUCAUAGAGUAUGGAGAUGAGAUGCAGGCGACUCUUGCUAUGCAUAGCCUCCAAGGGUUCAAGAUAAAUCCUGAAAGCCCUAUGUUGAUCACCUAUGCUAAGAAAUAGAUUUAUUUGUUUUAUGUUUCUUUGAUUGCUAGUAAAUCUAUUGGAGAUGUUAGCAUUCUUUGUGUUCAAGAUUAUUUUGUAGUAUAAGUUGUACUUUAUCUGGUUAUAGUACUACCUUAUGUGUCUUCUACUUAAUGUAUUCUGAACAUUUAGAAGUAAAUGGACUCCAAUGGUAAUAAAGGUAAUGCUGGGUAACACAACAGGCAGUUAAAAUCAUU